CAAUUAUCUGUCAAUCACUGAACAUACCACAACCUUAGUUUAUCAGCUAGCAAAAUUUUCUAUGCUUUUCGUGGGGUGUAUGUAAAUUUUACAUUAAAAAUUAAUAAUUUUAAACGCCAUAAAUAUCAGAAAAAUCUCUACCAAGAUAAAGUUAAAGUAUUAUAUUGUGUGGAAUAUAUGAAAGAUGUCGCGUUUAGUUUCCAAGUUAGAUGCUAAGAAAGUGUAGUCGCUCCGUUUCAAGAAGAUAUACAAAACAGUAAUUGUGGGAGUAAACAGAGAUUUAUACAGGAGGAGUUGGAAGAUAUAUGGAAGAAAUGGAAAAUAGUGCCGCAAAUCAACUUAACCAACAACAACAGCAGGGAAACACGGACCAACAAAUGAACACUAACAGCAAUACCGUAUCGUCUAAUCAAAUACAGGUAAUACCCAUGCCGGUUAUGGCCACUGCCGGUGGUCCAGCUCAAAUCAUUAUUGGACAACAACAACCACAACAAGUUGCGGGCCUACAGCCACAACUAAUACCUUUGCAAGGUAAUCAAAUAAUGCUGCAGCAGCCGCAGCAAACGGCUCAACCCAUGCAACUUAUGCAAUUACCCGAUGGCCAAACAUUGUUUUACCAACCAAAUGUUUUAAGUGGAAAUGAUAAUGCCAACAAUACCAUACAAGCCAUACAUCCACAAUUUAUAAAUAUCAAUGGUCAGAUAAUGCAAAUUACAACAGCGGCACCUCCACAAGCUGGUAAUGCGAAUACCAACGCCACUAACACUAAUCCAUUGGCACAACAAAUUAUAAUGGUACCACAGUCUGCCACCAACCAAUUAGCCACAGCAGCAGCUACUAAUGUUGGCAAUGCAGCCACGGUUAGAGUAUCAACACCAGCUCCAGCAACCACAACCCAAACUCAGAAUCCAAAUACCACAACCAACACUCCCAGCACACCGGUGCAAACUCCGGCAGAUUCUGUUACCGCUUCAACCACUGAAGAUGCUCAAGCCGGGGAACCUGAAGAGGAGCCACUUUAUGUAAAUGCCAAACAAUACAAACGUAUACUAGUACGCCGUCAAGCGCGCGCCAAAUUAGAAUCACGCAUUCCCAAAGAGCGUUCUAAAUAUCUGCACGAGUCACGACAUCGUCAUGCCAUGAAUCGUGUUCGUGGUGAGGGUGGCCGCUUUCAUUCUGCACAAGAAAAGGGUGAUUUACAGCAACAAGGGGCGGGACAUGAGGAACAACAGCACACGGCACAAUUAUCAAGAGCUUCAGUGCCGCGAGCACCGCCGCGUGUUAUAGCACCACAUCAGACCCACAGCACCACCAACACAACACCUAACAUAACCAUAACACCAAUCAAGUAACAUCAGCAAGCGUUCCUAGGAGCGCCUGUUAUAAUCAAUCAAUGUCCCGCCCCCUCUACAACAACGUUUACAUAUAGAACGUACGAAUCUGUAAAUAAUAUUUAGCCCUAAGUUAAGUUUAAGUCAUUCUGUAGUCAUAUUUAAACAAAAAAGAAACAAUUACGGCUCCAGAAAAUUAAAAAACAAAUCAUAUUUAUUCUGCUCCUUCCUUCAUUCAUUCCACCAUAUCCCCCCAAAUGGUUGCUGUAUAGAAUUCGGAAUUUUUAACCC